AGCAAGAUCCGGCGGGUGGAGGUGGCGACAGGUGAGGUGACCACGCUCGCGGGCAGCGGCGAGGAAGGCGACGCGGAUGGCGUGGGCGACGCGGCGGAGUUCUGCCACCCCUACGGAGUCGCCAUCAGCCCAGACGGCUGCGCGUUGUUUGUGGCGGACCAAUGCAACGACAAGAUCCGGCGGGUUGAGGUGGCGACUGGCGAGGUGACGACGGUCGCGGGCAGCGGCACCAGGGGCAGCGCCGAUGGCGUGGGCGACGCGGCGGAGUUCGAAGGCCCAGCUGGCAUCGCCAGCAGCCCCGACGGCAGCACGCUGUUGGUUGCCUCGGACGAUGGCCUUCGCCAGGUCUGCGUGGCGGCGCCUCCUCCGCCUCCCUCCUUUGCCCCGAUCGUCGUUCCGCCUUCGACCCUUGGAGCUGACUUCGCAAAGACGCGGGGCGACGCUUCCCUCCCGGAGGGGAAAGUCACCUUCCUGGUCGGCGACGACGAGGAGCGCAUCGAGCACGUCAGCAAGAACAAUCUCUGCGCCCGGUCCCCGGUCUUUCGGACCAUGUUUGGCAUCGGCAUGAAGGAGCGCGACGCCGCCGAGGUCACGGUGUCCCACACCGACCUCGUCAGCUUCACCGCCCUCAUCGACUACCUCCUCUCCGACAAGUUCGACCUCGGCGAGGAGGAGGGCAGGGCGCAGCGCGCGCUCGACCUGCGGGAGCUGGCGCAGAUGUACCAGGUGCCGCGCCUCGAGCUGCUCUGCGCGCAGGCGCUGCAGGAGAGCGUCGCGCCGGCGACCGCCGUGCCGCUGCUCGAGGCGGCGCACACGAUGAGCGACGGGCGCCUCCUCGCGCAGUGCCGCCGCUUCGUGGCCGACCACGCCGCCGAGGUGCGGGCGAGCGGCGGCGUGGAGCAGCUGCGCGACCUGGGCGUGGCUAAGGGGCUGCUCGGCGACGCGCUCGACCAGGUGGCGGAGCUCAAGGGGACGGUGGCGGCGCUGAACGGCACGCAGGGCUGA